UCAGAAGCAGAUAAUCUGCGUGUGUAUUCGUAGUUGUUGUGUCGUUCUGUGUAGACGAAAGUUUGUUCUGUUCUGUGUCUCUCUAACGUGUUCGCCCAUGUUUGCUAACCUUAGCUCUUAGCUCCUGUUACUGUGUGUUAUGUGCGCGGUGUAGCGUCACACUGACACUGCUUUAGGAGUCGUUUGCAUGAGAUCCAGGUAGGAGGACUGCUCAAUAAUACAGCUUACACUUUGACAAAUAACACGAUUCCUUUUUAUGGAAGCCCGUGUACGUCAUAUGGAAACAAAGAAUGCAUACCCAAGUCAUACUUUGAGAUGACCCAAGUCAUUAUUAUGAGAUAGUAAAAUCAUAAUUUUGAGAUAAUGUCCCAUAGUUGUGAGAUAAUGUCCCAUAAUUAUGAGAUUACAUGUCAUAUUAAUGAGAUGCUAUUUUGAAAUUAUAACUUAGCAUCUCAGAAUUAUGAGUAUAGUAUAGUAUCUCGUUAUUAUGACUUACUAAUAUAUAUUUUUAUUUUUCAAGUGGCAUAAAUGGGCUUCCAUAGCUUUGAAUGUGUCAGCUGGAAUGAGUAAUAUUUGUGUCAAGAAUUGCUUGUCUUUUUCAUGUCCAUAUAUAAGUUUGAAACCAUAAAUAACUGGUUUCUUUCAACUACCACUGAGGAGAAUAAAAAAACCCUCUAAUAAUCAUCUGACAUCAUGAUUAGUACCAAUAUCGACUGAUUACAAAACAUUUUUUUUCAUUGCCAUAACUUUGGCCAUAUCACCCAGCCCUAGGUCCAGGUGAUUAGUGAAUCUUAGCACAAGUCAUGAAGGAGUUUUUGAGGACAAUACACAACGUCUUUGUGAAGAUCGCCCUGUUUCCGAGCGUCUUUGGUAGGACGGGCCCACAGCCGGCUGCCUCAGAGGUGCUGACCUGUCACCUGCUGCAGCGUAAACUCCCACCAUGGACUUCAUACUGUGUCCGCUACAGUUCGGUCCACAAUGACCAAUUUGGACUGUCCAAUUUUAACUGGAGAGUUCAGGGAUCCAACUACCACAUACUGAGAACAGGCUGCUUCCCCUUCAUAAAGUACCACUGCACCAAAGCACCACCACACAACCUGGACUUUGAGGACAGGUUUUUCACCAUGCUCAAAGUGAUUAAUCUGGGCAUUCCUUGUUUGGCCUAUGGCAUUGGUUGCUGGAUGGUCGUGGGAGCUGCGGAAACGGUGCAGACAAGUGUUGGACCUGUCAAAGUCUAUUUUGCCUACAAAGAGGACGAAGGUGCACAAUAUUAAACUAUGAACUACUAUUAAUUUCAGCGCAUCUUCAAAAGAAUAUUAUCUAUGUUGCUGCUGUAUUUACAACAUUUCUCCAGGUGAUGUUCCAUUGACAACAGUGGCACUCUGUGACUCUCAAGUGCUUUCAUUGUAUCAAAGAAAUGGUUUAUUUGUUUUAAAUUAUUAAAUGUUUGAUCCUUCA